AUGGAGCCACUGACGAACGAAUCCAUCUUCUCCGACGUGUACCAUGCACUCAUCCACUCGCAUUUCAUAUCGACGCUCCUCAAGUUGGAGCACGAAUAUGCAAUCAUCUUGUCUUCGUUCUUCAAACAACGAGCAAAAUAUUUGAAUUUUUCCAUGGAACUGGUCAGGUGUCGGCAAGAGAUGGAGGAGGCAGUGAGGAACAUCGGCACCAACUUCACUGACAACCAGGUCAACCAGCUUGCAAAGAAACACAUCGAAGUGUCAGAAAUGGAAUCGAGCAAGUGGUCAAGUGCUCUUUCGACUGUGAAGGACAAGCAGAGGAGGGAGUACAGGGACCAGGUUAUGAAAUUGCACGAAUUGCUGCUCAUCGAAAAAUCUGCUGAUAAUGCUGCUUCUAAUAGUGUUGACAGUUACCUGUUCUCUCCACUUCCUGGCACCUCAUCAGCAUCGGGUCCUGUCAACAACAAAAGGGGCGUGCAAACCAGGAGGGAAGAUUGCUUCACCGUCAACCUUGGUGCCCAGAUGAAGACCAGCCACAACUUGCGACUCGUCAGUUGUCACGUGCUUGAUAUGUGUCGACUGCAGUUGUCUGAUGCCUUUACAGGGCAGCGACUCCAAACAGCCAUCUCCCUGUACUCCAACAAGUUGUGUGGUCUCGUCCUCCUAGUCGAUAACAGAAUCAACAGUCACUCUGGUGUCAAGAAAGCCUUCGCUGAGGUGUGCCAACAGACCACAGACUUCCACUUUCCAGACCUGAGUGAGCAGUUGGAAAGCAUCCAGACAGCAGUGCAAGCCGGUCACAACGAUCCUCCACAUGCUCCUCUGCAGGCUCCUAAUGAAGCACACGUGCAUCUUCGACAGACUUCGCCGUCAGCCCGCCAGCCUCGUUUGAACGUUGGCGACUUGUACAUCACUCGACAUUCCAACUUGUCUGAGGUCCAUGUGGUCUUCCAUGUGGCCACUGACGACAGCUUGCACGCUGAAGUUUCUUCCAGACAUCCAGUGAUCCUUGCCUACAGGAACAUCAUCAAGACGGCAUUCAACAGCGACAUCAAAACCAUCACGCUGCCGUUGUUGUUGGUGCAUGAGAUGACCGAGGAGAUGACGAUAGCCUGGUGUUUGAGGAGGGCAGAGCUUGUGUUCAAGUGUAUCAAAGGUUUCAUCAUGGAGAUGUCGGUCUGUCACUUUGAAGAGUCGUUCAACAUUCAGUUCCUCAUUCCCGAGACACUGUCAGACGAAGCCUUCAACAACUUCAGCACAAUGAUGCCGUCCAUCUUCAGGAUGUCCAACCCUCUCGUGGCCACAUCGCAGUAAUUAUUUCAAUCUACUCCAUUGAACAAAUUGCAGUUACGACGUUGUGAAUAUUUUAUUCUCGAUAAAAAAAGUUUUCGUUUGAACGAAUUAGAAUUAAAAUAUAAUAUCAAAGUUUGUCUGAACUCGUUGAAAGUAUUAAAAAUAAAAGCGUCUGUUAAAAUAGGUCACAUGUUAGGAUACGGAACGAACACACAAACACUGUAUCAAAGUUUUAAAGUUCGUAAAAACACUUCUAUAAUUUACACUGCUGCGUGCCUCCUCAAAAUGUUCCGUGCACGAAUGAUGAACGAUCGAUGAAAUAAAUAAAUAACUUGGACUACGAUGUGGUGGGUGAUCUAGGCUGAUCUAGGCUGAUCAUGAUGGUGCAUGUUAAUUUCAAUAACGUGGUUUGCGUUGGUCGCAGCGUGAGUGACUACAAGUACAAUGUGCCUAACGGACUAAUUCAUUAAAUAUAUAAAUAAUUAAACAAAUAAAGAAAAAAAUUAAUCAAAUCAUGAUGAGCUCUGCCAAAAUGUUAUAACAGUUACGAUAAAUUGAAUUUUAUGCUAUGGUACGCAUAGUCUCAUCAGCAUCUCAUCGCACACAUAUGCGAUGGUGAUCCAGCAGUAGUAAAUAAUUCAGAGAUGGCGUGGAUGAAUGAAUGCAAGAUCGGAAUCAUUAAUGAAUUCUUAAAAAUUAUUUCAUUAUCACUAAAAUACGAGCAAAUAAAAAGUUUUAAAUGGUAUAAAAAUUAAAAUAGAUGAAAGAGAAAACUCCACCACACAUCACAGAUUGUAAGCAUUAACAAGCAGCGAGUAACCAUCAAAACGUGGGAAAUGUCCAAACUUUCAAACGCAAAAUCAAAUAUGAGCAGGUACCUACCGACCCGCACCUCUAAAGAAUUGUUUAGUCUUUCAAUUCAACAUUAUAAACCGACACUUAAUUUCAAUUCCGUACUCUAAGUAUACUAGACGUUAUGCAGGUUGCUUAAUGCAUGUUUUGUUGAAUGAAUUCAUAUGCCGUCAUUUAACUGACUCAUUCACUGCAACGACAACAUGCCACAAUCCACUACCACCAACAACCAUCUCAACCAUAACGUGCUACAAUCCAUCGCCACUAACAACCGACGACAACGUGCCUCAAUCCACUUACAACCAAUCACAAAGUAACACGAUCCACCACCACCUACAACAACCAGUCACAUACAAUUCAGCAACAACAAAAUAAACAACAACCGAUCUCCCCAACCACUUUCAUAAUAACUUAAAACAAACUUAUCGAUUAUGGCAAAGAAACAUAACUUGUUCAAGUUCAAAAAUGAAAUAAAAUAUCAAACACAAAAAUAGCAUCUCGGUGAUGUGGAUGCCAAUGAAAAGUUCAUAACGCGGAUGUGGUCAAUUUUAAAGCUCAGUUAUGUUGCUUUGUUUGUGUGUACUUUGCUCUUUCACAUCAAAUAAAAUGAAGUUUAAUAAUGCCUCCACGCGAAUCACACAUCCAGCCUGAGGCAUGUGACCACUCCAGCAGUACACACAAACAUAAUCAUACACACACACACACACAAGCAAGCAUGGAUUCACACAUGAUGACCACACACAGCAAAGUUGAUAAAAAAAUCUAAUCGAUGUGUCAUUCAGUCAUUCACCACCAUCCAUCCAUCCAUUAUUGUCUUAUCAUGCCAUCCAUGGUGACAUCUUCUUCUUUGGCGUUGAACUCGUCAUCGUUGUCAUCAGUGGCCCUGUCGACGUCGUCACCGUUCAGUAUCAAAAUGUCCUUGCUCUUGAUGUGGGGCAGACUGCUCUGGUGGGGGAACAACCAGGGCUUGUGAGAAGGCGAGUGCUCCUUCUUCCAGGCGUUGUAGUUGAUGCUUGCUUUGUGCAGCUUGUACACCACCUUGGAGCAAGCCAUUGAGUUGCCUGGU